CCUUUGGUUCCACACAUAGCCGACCACUCUGAUCUUCAAGAGGACCAAUUUUAUCCCUUACAAUCAUUUUGCUCUUAAUAUACCUGUAAAAGUUGUGGCAUUGAGUUUUGGAUUUUUGAAAAACAUAUAUAUGUUUGCAAUACUUAUCAGUUUUUUUUCGGUAUUGUUAUUUAUUGCACAAUGGUGCUGCCGCAAAGGCAACAAAUUUCAUGACGUAUGUCGGGGAUAUUGAAUCAGAUUGUGAUAUUGCCAUGGGAGACCAAACCCAUCAGUCAUAUGAGCCCGUUAAUCGCGGAACUACAGUAGCUGCGGGAUUGUCUCCGACGCCCCGCCCGCCAAUCCAAGACGCGAGAUCACAUUGCGCAUGCUCAAUCCAGGGCUGGGCGGUGGUUCUCUUUCCGUUCUGUAUUGAAACGAAUCAUUGUCGCGGAGCCGGCGGUCGGUUCUCUGCCUGCGGGGCUAGUACAUCAAGUUUCCUCCGAUUUAUUGGAAGCAAAGCCCACGACUGGAAGAGAACCACAACUGUACAUGAGGGAACAGCAACAAGUGAACCUGCCCAAGGACUGGGAGCAUCAACUGGAGGGAACCCUUCUGACUCAGGGUUUCCAUUGAUUCAGUCCGGAGAAAGUUUGGGCAUCACCAGCAGGUGGAGCUGUCCUGCAUCGCCACCAAAGGGUAAGCAAGACGACGACCAUCAACAAUCGUCAGUCAGAAUCAGAAUGGCUACAGGUGGGAGAUUAAAUUGGGCACGGAAACUACUAAACAGGUUUUUACCAGGCAACUCAUCGAGGGAAGAUGAUCGGGACAAGAGAAGUAAGGUACCAAAGCCGGGUCAGAUUGAGAGCGAUGUCCCAGGUGAAUGCCGUCCGGCCGCAGAGGAGGAGGAUCAAAGCCAGCCCAGCGACAGUGACGUCAGUGAUGCUGGAACCGGCACAAGUGAGGCGACUGUCUGUCAGCCCAGAGACAGUGACGUCAGAGACACUGAUCAGGACCCUGGAACCGGUACAAGUGAGGCGACUGUCCGUCAGCUCGGAAGCUCAUUGAACACGGAACUGUCAAAUGCCCAACAGGGAGCGAAGCCAGAGUUUACAAUCUCCGACCUCCUGGCAGAGGUGGGUGAAUAUCGACUGUACCAGCUGACAAAGUUCUACAGGGACAGACUCCAACAAGCAAUUGAAGAAAAGGUUGAGAGACUCUGUUUGAUGUUGACAGAGGAGGGACAUUUCAGUAGAGAAGAAAAUGAGAAAGUCACCGAACUGACAGAGAAGGGAAACCGGACAGAGAGUUCCACACUCUUCCUCAGUUUGGUGAUGGGCAAAGGCUCCCGGGCCCGGAGGGCGAUGUGGGAAUCCUUUGUGAUGUGGAGGACUGAGUUACCGAAGCUGGACAGAAUACUGAGGGAAAUACAAGAACUGGGUCCGGAUCCACAGGAAUACAUGAACAUCGCCCAAGGGUUACCUGAGUUACCCACUGAACUGAUAGCUGUUCAACAGAAACACAAGGAGACUCUGCGGGCACAAACUGAAACACUGAGAGUGAACACGAUCCUGAUGAGGGAGAAGGUGAAGGUUUUCCAGCUGGUUGAUCGAUACGCUGAGCUCACGGUCAUUUCUACUGUUCGAGAUCGGACACUGGUAGAACAAGAGCUGCUGGCAAGAGGCAGAGACCAUGAGGAGUGGAGAGAGAAAUAUCUCCGUGGAGAGCUGGAAAAAAUCCGGACUGAUCAGUUGUUCCAGAGUAGCUUUUCCCGGAGUAAAUCCAAAUCUGGGAGUUCGGCAGCAGUUGCUGGAGUCGCGGGGAUUGGGAAAACAACACUGGUACAAAAGAUUGUUUAUGACUGGGCCACGGGGAAAAUAUUCCAACAAUUCCAGUUUGUCUUCAGUUUCAAUUUCCGGGAUUUAAACACCAUCACCUGUCGAAUAAACCUGAGGGAACUGAUUCUGGAUCAGUAUCCUGUCUUUGCGAAUUUUCUGAGAGAGGUCUGGAAGAACCCAGAGGGAUUGCUGUUUAUAUUUGACGGUUUGGAUGAAUUCAAUGACAAAAUUGAUUUUGCUGACAUUCGCAGGGACAGAGAACCUCAGUCCACAUGCACAGAUCCUGAAUUCAAGUGCAAGGUGUCUGAUAUUGUGUACAGUUUAAUCCAGGGCAAGCUGCUCCCAGGGUGUUCAGUGCUGGUGACCACCCGUCCCACCGCGUUACAUUUAUUGGAAAAGGCAGAGAUCACUGUCUGUGCCGAAAUCCUGGGAUUUGUUGGUGAGGAACGGAAGGAAUAUUUUAUCAGGUAUUUUGAAGAUCAGUCGGUGGCGGAAGCUGUUUUCAAUCACGUGAAGGAGAACGAGAUCCUGUACAUCAUGAGUUACAACCCCUCCUACUGCUGGAUUCUCGCUCUGGCACUGGGCCCCUUCUUCACACAAAGAGUCAGGGACCCACAGCGAGUUCCCAAGACCAUCACCCAACUGUACUCCUACUAUAUUUACAACAUCCUGAAAAACCACGGCCGUGAGAUUGAGAACCCCCGUGAUGUGUUAUUCAGGGUUGGUCAGAUGGCCUUCAGAGGAGUGUCCCAGAAGAAGAUUAUGUUUACAGAUGAAGAUUUGAUCAACUACAGUCUGCAGCCUUCCCAGUUCCUGUCCGGGUUCCUGAUGGAGCUUUUGGCAAGACAGGAUUCCGCCCGGAGUGUGGUGUACACAUUCCCACACCUCACCAUCCAAGAGUUUGUAGCUGCAGUCGCACAAUUCCUGAAUCUACAUCCCGAGGAUAUCCUGAAAUUCCUCACUGAAGCCCACAACACGUCAGAUGGGCGAUUUGAGGUAUUUCUCCGUUUUGUUGCUGGUCUCUCCAACCCAAUGACAGCUCGGGGCCUGGAGGAGUUUCUGGGUCCAUUUCCUCAUCAAACAACCUGCCGGGUGAUUGACUGGGUGAAGGAGGAGGUUAAACGCCAGAAUGGAAACACAUGGAGUAAAGCUGGUAGAAGAAGCCUCCUGAACACAUUGCACUACCUGUGUGAGUCUCAGAAUCGUGGUCUGGCUCAGGCCGCACUGGUAUCAGAAGAAACACUUUCGUUCCGUGGAUUGACACUGACUACGAUUGACUGCGCUGUCCUGUCUCAAGUCAUCGGACUCUGUGAUACAAUAAAACACCUCGACCUGGAGAGCUGCCACAUUCACUGUGAAGGAAUCCAGCGGCUGGGACCCGGGCUGCACAAAUGCCAGGAGCUGAAACUUGGAGGGAAUGAACUGGGAGUGAAACUGGUGUCUGCGGCUCUGAGGAACCCGGAGUGUAAAAUACAGAAGCUGUCGCUGACCGAUGUCGGUCUCACAGAUUCCGGUGCCGAGGAUCUCGUCUCCGCUCUCUGUACAAACCCAUCACUGACGGUGCUGAACCUGGGAUUAAACUCGCUGACAGAUCGAUCUGUCCCCGCUCUCCGCCGCCUCAUACAGACCCUCCCGAGUCUGAAGUGGAUCGGGCUGGGGAUGAAUCAGUUCAGUGAGACCGGGAAGAAGGAACUGAGAUCUCUGCAGGAACCCAGGCCCGGACUGACACUGAUCGUGUGAAAAUCUGAAUGUGUGAACAUCCCCGCACGCGGGAUGGGGACAUUUUGGCCGAUUCCCCUCCUUCCCCUUUAACUCCCUCCUUGCCUUUAAUUCCCGCCCUCUCCUUUAAAUCUCGCCGUCCCCUUUAACUAUCGCUCUUACCCUUAAUGGCCGCGCUCCAGGUGCGUCGUCGUCGUGCUCCCGCAGUGACGUCUUUCAGCCGGAUAUUCGCGAUCGACACCCUGUGUCACCCACGAUGUGACACCCCGGGGAGUUACUCACACAGGAAUGGCCCAAGGAUGGCGGUUUUAUUUCUGGGACACCGGUGUCCCUGGGUAGGACUAUCCCGGGAGAAAAUCAUUUUGCUCCCUUUGCUGAGGUCGGUGCAUUCGGCAGUCUGGCCGAUAUAAUGAUGUUAAAUUGACAAAUACCUCGGCAGUGACCCUGGAUCUGCAGCGAUCCCGGACACGGCCCUGAAGUGUGAUUUUAUAAUCAUCGGUUCCCCGAUGCAGAGUGACGGUGAGAAACGGGACGGAUAUUCAAACUGUCACCCGUUGACGUCGGUCAGUUAAUUGCGUGUGACUGUGAGUGAAUCGGAAUCAGUUUAUAUAUUCCCGCCCGUUAGCA